UGCCAGCUUGUUGACCCUCUGUGUUCCCCUCCUGCAGGGUUUAGGAGCUGUUGCUGUGGACGGAGAGAUGGGAAUGUGAGCGGCCAUUGAGGAUGGCCAGGGUGCCGGUGAGCCCCCCCAUCAGCUCGGAGCUUCGAGGACCACAUGACGGGGCACAAGAUGGAGAAGCGUUAUGAGUGCGACGUGUGUGGCAAGGCCGGGCAGUGCCCGAGCGAGCUGGAGACCCACCGGCGUGAGCACACCGGAGAACACCCAUUCUGCUGCUCCGACUGCGGCAAGAGCUUCAAGACGGCGCGGGCGCUGAAGGUCCACCAGCGAGUGCACACGGACGAGAGGCCCUUCAGCUGCUCCACCUGUGGCAAGGGCUUUACCGGGUCGAAGGGGCUACGACGGCACCUGCGAGUGCACAGCGGUGAGCGGCCCUUCACCUGCUCCGACUGCGGCAACGGCUUCAAGUCUUCGGCAGAACUGAAGAUGCACAGACGCCUGCACACCGGGGAGCGGCCCUACACAUGCAGCGACUGCGGCAAGGGCUUCACCCGCUCCACCAGGCUGCUGGAGCACCAGCACCUCCACACCGGCGAGCGCCCCUACACCUGCACCCACUGCAACAAGGGCUUCACCAGCUCCACCAAGCUGCUGUCCCAUCAGCGGGUACAUGCUGGCGACCGUCCCAUCCCCAGCCCGGUGUGUGGAGAGGGCUUUGCCAUGGCCUCCCACGACCUGCCUCACCAGGUCGUGCACACCAGUGGCCAGUGCUACGACUGCCCAUACUGCAGUGAGGUGUUUGACAGCUCGCGGGGGUUGCGGCAGCACCGGCGGACCCACGCCGGCGAGCAGCUGCUCCCACCGCAGUUUCAAGAGCGCACGGGGGCAGCGGGAGCACCAGUGGAUACACAGCGGAGAGAGACCCUUUGAGUGUGCUGAGUGCGGCAAGGGUUUCACCCAGCCUGUUGCAGCACCGGCGUACCCACAACGAUGAGCGUCCCUUACCCUGCCUGUGUUGUGGUAAGGGCUUCACCCGCUUUGAAAGUGCCCCUUCACCUGCCCGCUCUGUGGCAAGGCCUUUGCCCGCUCCUCCAGCCUGCUGGCACAUUGUGACGUGGAUAGGCGCUGUUUAGGUAAACACAAAAUGCUAGAAGGAAUGGGUAACGUUUCAGGUCGAGACCCUCUUCAGUCUCGACCCGAAACGUCACCCAUUCCUUCUCCAGGGCUCUCACUUAACUUUUUUUCCCUGUUUCCAGCCGGGCAACCUCGGCUGCUUUUUAGGUUGUCAAAUGACAGUUUAGGUGGUCAUUUAAGAUGGCUUGCAUGACGCGUGCGAUAAUGUGCUCGGACGAAGUGCGUAGUUACCAGUCGGAAUUAUGGUCAAUGAAGCAUUCACAUAUUAUUUCUGCUUCAAAUAAAGUCACAAACUAAACAUAUUCACCAAUCAAGACAUGAUAUAUCCCACAAUGACAUGCAGCAAAAUUAUAAUAUAGUAUCUCAACUCUUUUUAGACAUUGAUGCAAUUUCUAUUUUUUUUUCACUUCUAAACAAAAAUGUGGUUGGAUUAUUCAGCGUAAUAUCAACCUGUAUCAAUAAAUCCUGGACCAUGGUAACAUAUAUGCUUAACCAUGCACACUACAAAUUGAUGCAAUCAUGUUUUCUGUGAAGGACCGAAAAUUAUCAUGACAUGGCCAUAGCAUGGGUCGUUAUUGCUAUUGGUACAGAAACACUCGCUUCCCACAUAAUUUAUUCACAACAAAAUAUACAGGUUGCAAGGAAAUUUCUAAAGGAAUUUUAAGAUAAUAGCUGUUAAAACGGACUAUACCCAUCUGACAGGUUAAACAUUACACUAACUGACAAGAGAUGGCCAAAGGACAUAACUGCAGCAAAUGUUCUUUUGGAAAUAUGUUUAAAGGUGUCAAAAUGCCUCAUUACCGGACAUUCAGAUUAGAUGUAAGUGUUGUGAACGUAAUGAAGACACCCAGUUUGUACACACCAGAUUUUUAAAGAAAUUAUUGCUAAACGCCGUUUCCAUCAUUCCCACUUCAGAAUUAACGUUACAAUUUCUACUGAAAUAUCUCCUGACCAAAUUUUUGAUGCAUAUGACCGACUGUAGAAGUAAAACCUGGAUAAAUCCAAUGUAUAGUUGUGAAUGUUGCUCAUUAAAUUACUACAGUACUGAUA